UGAACCGGAAGUAGAGUUUCUCACACACGUGAAGACAAGUCUAUGGUGAAGACAGAAGCAACAGAAAAUGGAUUCUACCGAGUUAACAACUUCAGAAAGUGUUUCUAAGAAAAAGGGGAAAACGAAAAAACCGAAACGAAAGGCGAAACCUGACGAAGCUCCAGUGGAGAAGAUGGAUCCGGAGAAGGGUGAAGUAACAGACGAGAAACCAGUGUCAGAAGCGUGUUUUCCUCCAACAUUCAGCAUGUCCGAGAUCAAAAACAAGCAGCGCAGACAUGCGAUGUUCCUUAAACUUAAGGAGCAGAAAAGAAAGCAAAAGUUGGAACUGAAAAAGAAAAGAAAAAAGGAGAGAAAAGCUCUUGGUGAUAAGGCCCCACCUAAAGAAGUUCCCAAGACAAUAGAAAACCAGAGAAUAUACGACGAAACUACAGUCAACCCAGAGGAUGAGGAGGUGGCUUUUGAUGAAGGAACCGAUGAGUUCGCCGCUUACUUCAAUCGGCUGACAAACCCCAAAGUUCUCAUCACCACUUCAGACAGGCCCAGAGGAAGGACAGUGAGGUUUUGUGAUCAGCUGGCAACUGUAAUCCCACAUGCACAUGUCUACUACAGAAGAGGUCUGGCGUUGAAGAGAGUCAUCCCACAGUGUAUAUCUAGAGGUUUCACUUAUCUGAUGGUGAUCAAUGAGGACAGAAAGGUGCCAAAUGGUUUGGUUCUCUGUCACCUUCCUGAUGGGCCAACUGCACAUUUCAAACUCAGUAGUGUUCGUCUUCGCAAGGAAAUGAAGAGAAGAGGUAAGGACCCAACAGAACACGUCCCAGAAGUCAUCCUCAACAACUUCACUACUAGACUCGGUCACUCCAUCGGCCGGCUGUUUGCUGCUCUAUUUCCUCAUGAUCCACAGUUUGUGGGCCGUCAGGUUGCCACAUUUCACAAUCAGAGAGACUUCAUCUUUUUCAGGUUUCACAGGUACAUCUUCAAGAAUGAAAAGAAAGUGGGCAUACAGGAAAUAGGACCUCGCUUCACUCUUAAACUUCGCUCCUUACAGAAAGGAACCUUUGACUCAAAGUUUGGGGAAUAUGAAUGGGUUCACAAACGCCAUGAAAUGGAUUCCAGCAGAAGAAAAUUCCAUCUUUGAGGGACAGACUGGAAACACAUGAUAACCGUGUUGACGUUUUCAUAAAAAAAAAAAAAAAAACCUUAUGUUAUGAAAUGAAAUAUAAAGUGUUUAUAGAAACACAAGCUGUGGAUUUUCUGUAUUAUAUUAUCUUGUAUUAAUUUGCGUAAGAAUAUUAUAACAUGGCUGGACAGAAAGAUAUUUGAUUUGGCUGGAGGCAUGACAAAUGAAUCAAGGCAUGUUUAAAUACUUCAGUAAAUACUUGUAUUCCUUUACUCAAGUAUUGAGUAUGAAUUGUAAAUGGUGAGUUAUAAAGAUGGGUCAUUUGGGGUGUGUUUGUAUGAAAUUUCUGGUAAUUAAGACUAUGAUAUCUUUGUCUUAAUUUUGCAACACUUAACUUAUGGCAUAUACAAAAUACUUUCAAAAAUGCAAAAAUUAACUUGGAAAGAUUUAAAACUAGACUGUCAUUGUAGACUUUUUUUUAUUUUAAAUAAAAACUGGUUUCUCACA